AUGGCCACAGGUGUAUAAAAUCCAGCUCCUAGGCAUGCAGACUGCUUCUACAAACAUUUUUGAAAGAAUGGUUCACUCUCAGGAGCUCAGUGAAUUCAAGCGUGGUACCGUGAUAGUUUGCCACCUGUGCAAUAAGUCCAUUCGUGAAAUUUCCUUGUUACUAAAUAUUCCACAGUCAACUGUUGGUGGUAUUAUAACAAAGUGGAAGCCAGUGGGGACAACAGCAACUCAGUCACCAAGUGGUAGGCCAUGUAAAAUGACAGAGCGGGGUCAGUGCAUGCUGAGGUGCAGAAUGCGCAGAAGUCGCCAACUGCCUCAGAGUCAAUAGCUAAAGACCUCCAAACUUUGUGUGGCCUUCAGAUUAGCACAACAGCAGUGCAUAGAGAGCUUCAUGGAAUGGGUUUCGAUGGCCAAGCAGCUGCAUCCAAGCCUUACAUCAUCGAGUGCAAUGCAAAGCAUCAGAUG